ACUGCACUAAGCACUUCUCAUAUAUUCAUAUGCUUUCCUCGACUCGAGUGGACAGAUUGCGAAAGCAGAGGGCCAAUCGCGAGAGUGAAACCUCGUACAUUUCAAAAGAGGAACUUGCUUUUAGCCAAGAGCAGCGCAUGAACGCCAUUAUCAACAUUGGCGACUUGCGUAAGGAUGUUGGCUACGGCUUCGACUCCUAUGUUACUCAUGUGGAUUCUGCAAGGGUCGGCUGCUAGUACAAACGCGAUAAAUCGUAGGUGCAGUGAGGUUCGAACUGUAGAAAACAGGAAAACAAACGAGAACAUCACUUUCCACGCUUCGUGCGUGCGUAGCUAGUACCUGCGCUUCGUGUAAAGUUGUCAUAAAGUGCGCGAAAUGUUAGCGUGUCGUCGACUACUUGCUCUUCGUUCUCAAACCACGCUCAUCUCGGCGUGUUCGCCGCACCAAAGUCAAUGUUACAGCACGACCAAGGCCCUUCAUAAAUCGCAUUCAAAGCAGAAGAUUGUGCUGACUGACGAUGGCUCCACGAUUGUCUGCUGGCAUCCAGAAGAGGAGUUUCCCUAUGAGCAUACAAAGCCGCUGCCAAAUAUAAGGUCCAAGCUGAAUGAGGAGAACUCAGCACUGAAGCUGCAGUACCGAUUGGAGGAAAUCGAGACGCGUUACAGAAAUGAACGGCUGGAGAUUGAAGCUCUGACAAAAAUGACAUACACCACCAAGCACAGAUGGUAUCCGAAAAACAACAAGAAGUAUAGGGUUCCCAAACCACCACUUGAUAGAGAAGGGCUGUAAAUUUCAUGAGCAAAUAGACACCAAGGCCUUGCAGGUGCAAGGGCACUCCAUUUGUGCAAGCGUAUAGCCACAUUUAGUUUGGAGAUAUUCCAUGCUUGUUAAUAAACUCACAAUGAGAUCAUAA